UAAAAAAACUUUUUUCUCAAAACAACAGUGAUAAAAAAAAAAUUAUCAGAGAUAAAUACAUGUUUAUCAAAAACAAUAAUAAAAACGAGAAUUGAAAGUACUUAUUUUUGAUCAAUCAUUGAUAUUUUUAUCUCUUUUUUUCCAAGUGAAAGAUAAUUACAGAGAUAAUCAAACGGUAAAAAGGGUUUGGAAUUCGGAAGUCUACUUUUCUACGUGAUUGGCAUCACACUCAUAUUUAUAAUAUGUAAAAAUAAUAAUAAUUUUUCAUCAUUGACAAAAAUCACAAAUGUCUCGAUAACAUCAUCAAUCAUUAUAAUAAAUUUUUUAUUGACACGUUUCAAUAAAUUUAAUCUAUCUCAAAAUCAUCAUAAUAUUUACCAAGAAUAAUGGCAACUGAUGCUCUUGAAGAAAAAAUACUAAAAAUUCGUCAACAAAAUGAAGAAAUUCGUAGACGACAUGAAGAAGUUGAAGCUGAUAAAAAAAAUGCAGCUCAAUUAAAUGCACUGGUACAGAUGUCACCAUCAACAGACUGGCCAGAACGUAAAGAACCACCUGAAUUUUCAUCAACAUCAGCAGUAAAAUCACAAUCAAAGCCAAGAAUUCGUGAACAAAAUACUGAAUCAAAUAAUCAGUAUCGUCCUGGUGGUGGAGUUGGUGGAGCUGGUGGAGCUGUUAGUGCAUCAAAUGGAACAAAUAAAAAAAUUUAUUCUUAUCCACAAGGUGAAGGUCCACCACCAGAUCCAAAAUAUAAUUUUUUAGCUGAUUCAGAACGUGAAGAACAACGUCAUACAGAUAAUAAUAAAAAUGAUAAUUCAAAAAAUCGUGGAAAAAAUAAUAAAAUAAUAAAUAAAUCAAAUUUUCGUAAAAAAAAUAAUGAUAAAAAAGAUAUACAUGGACGUGAUUAUUAUGAACAUUGUGAUAAUACAUUAGAUGAAUCACAUCCAGAUUAUGAUGCAUGGAGAAUUGAAAGAAAAAAAAUUGAUGAAGCUAGAAUAAAUAGACAAAUAACUGCUGAAGGUAAUUGGCGACGUGAAUGGGAUAAUGAUAAAAUGUAUAUGAUUGAUGAUAUAUCAAAAAAAGAAAAUAAUCGUUUUAAUUUUGGCUUUGAUAAUGGUAAACAACAUGAACAUAAUGAUGCUGAUAGAUUUUAUUCAAGAGGACAAUAUUCUAAAAAUUAUAAUCAUACAAAUGUCAAUUCUACACAUCGUGAUUUUGAUUAUGAUAAAAAAGUAUCAUUUACAGAUGAUAAAAAUAAUAAGCCAAUUGUUAAUCAUACUGAUAAGACAUUAAAAAAUUCAGUAACAAGUGUUAAAAUGAGUGCUGCAAAUGUUGCUGGAACUGGUAGAGUUGGUCCACGUCAAAGAACACGUAUGAUGUAUAGCAGUCAAUCAGGUGGUGAAUACUCUGCAUCAUCUGGAUCAUCAUCAUCAACAUUUGAAAUAUCAACAUUUAAUCGUCAAACAUCACUUGAUGAUAAACCAAAUAAUACAACAAAAAGUCCACAUACACAACGUAAAAGAGAAACUGAUAAAUCAUUAUUUUCAUCAAGAAAAGAUGAUAAGUAUGAUUUGAAAUUACAAAAAUCUUCAUAUGGUGGUAAAAAGGAUUUUAAAAGUUUUCAAAAACCAAUGCAUACUAUGAGACAAGGAAAUAAUAAUCAAAAUUAUACUGUAAAAUCACCAACAAGUCAUCGUAAUAAUACAUCAAAAUUUACAGAUAAAAAAAAUGAUAUAAAAAGUGUUAUAAAUACUGAUGAUGAUAAUGAAAUUAAAGAACAAGUUGAAAUCCCUGAUAAUAAUGAAGAAGAUGAAGCUUUUUAUAAUGAUAGCAAAGAAUAUUCAAAUGAUUUUGAGAUAAAUUAUUUUGAUAGUAAUGUUCAUGAUGAUAGUGGAUAUGUUGAUACAACUUGUGAUAAUUCGGUUGAUGUUAAAAUGAUGGAACAGCUUGUUGAUAGACAAGAUCUAUUAAAUAUUGAGCAUGAACCAGUUGAAGAAAAUUUAUUAAUUGCUGAGAAUGAAAGAGUUAUAGACUUGAAAAAUGAUUGUUUUGUUGAUGAAAAAGCUGGAGAACAAAUUAAUAAUGAUAAUUUAAAUAAUGGUUCUUCAACAAGUGAUGAAUGUGUACCAAAUAAAAAUGAAAUAAUUGAAAAAGAUGUUUCGAAAGUAACUGAAAAUGAAGAUAUUCAAGUUGAAAAUGAAACAAAUAUAAAUGUAUUAAUUACCGAAAAGGUGGAGGAUGUUGUUGAAGUAAAAAAUGAAAAAGAAGAAUCUUUGAUUGUUGAAAAAACUCUCAUUGAAGAAGAGCAACAACUUGAAUCAAAAUUAGAAAUUCAAAAUGAAAAUGUUAAGGAUGUUAAAAAUGAAAUAGAAGAAUCUUUGAUUGUGGAAAAAAUUAUCAUUGAUGAAGAACAACCUGAAUUGAAAUUAGAAAUUCAAAAUGAAAAUAAAACAAAUGUAUUAACUUCGGAAAAUGUUGUUGAAGAUGUUAAAAAUAAAAUAGAAGAGUCUGUUGUUGAAAAAGCUAUCGUUGAAGAAGAACAACAACUUGAAUUAAAACUAGAAAUUCAAAAAGAAAAUGUCAAUGAUGUUAAAAAUGAAAAAAAAGAGUUAUUUGUUGAUGAAAAAACUCUUGUUAAAGAAGAACAACAACCUGAAUUGAAAUUAGAAAUUCAAAAUGAAAAUAAUACAGAUGUAUUAAUGACUGAAAACUUUGAAGAUAUUGCUGCGAUAAAAAAUAAAAAAGAAGAGUCUAUUGUUGAAAAAAUUAUCAUUGAUGAGAAACAACAACCUGAUACAAAAUUAUUUAUUCCCGAAGGCGAAUCUCAAGACACUGUAAAAGUCCAAGUAUCACCAAACGACUCAUCAAUAACUGAAAUAAUUGAUCAACAUUUAAUAACUCAAUGUGUUACAAAAGACGAGUCAAUCCUUCCAGUUGAAGAAGAAGUUAAUAAUCAAGAAAAUUUAUCAAAACAAAAAGAUUAUCUUGAGGAUAAUAAAUCAAUAAUUGAUAAUAAAUUACCUGAAAGUUCUUUUGAAGAAUUAAACAAUGUGGAGAAAUUUGAUGUGCCAAUUGUUACUGAUAAAAAUCAAUCAACAUCAACAGAUGCAACUAACAACAACCAUGUCAAAAAUAAUGUUGAAAAAGUUGUAGAUUCUAGUAACAACGAAUGAAAAAAAAAAGAAAAAAAACUUUAAUAAUAAUUAUUAAUAAAAAGUUGAUUAACAAAUAACCAAGUUCGUUCAAAAAAAAAAAAAAAAGAUUCAUCAAAUGAAUCGUUAAAAAUUUUCUAAUAAACUAAUUAAUUUUUAAUUUUUUUUUUUUUUUAUUUGAUUUUUUAUAAUAUCUUUGUUUUCGUUUAAAAAAAAAAUUAUUUUUUUAAUUUAUUGUUUUUUUUAUUAUUUAUUUACUUAUACUUUUUUUUUUUAGUUAAUUUUGGUUUGAUAUUAUUUUAAAUUAUAAUAUUUAUAAAAAAAAAAAAAUAUAAACUAUUUAAUAAGAAAAAAAGAAUAUAUAUAUAUUGCUCAUGAUUAAAAAUCUUUGAUAUAAAAUAUUUAAUCUUAUAUAAUAAAUUGAAAAAAAAAUAAUAUAAACAAAAGAAAAAACAUUAUUUUUUCUAAAAAAUAUUUUUGUGUUUUGUAAUUUAUUUUUUUUUCAAAUGGAUUAUUCAUUUAUUCAUAUUAAAUUAAUAAAAAGCGAAAUCAUUUUAGUUUAUUGAAUUUUUAUUAUUUGAAAAAAAAAAUUAUGAUAAUUAAUUAUCAUUGUAAUCAUAGAUUAUAUUUGUAUUUUGAAAAUUUGAAUUUUUAAUUGCUUCAUCAAUAAG